AUGAAAAAAAAUAUAUUGUUAUUUGGAUUAGCAUUUGCAGGAGGAUUGACAUAUGAAAGAUAUUAUCCAUAUAUAAAAGCUCUUAUUAAUAUUAACAAUCAGAAAAAUGAUGAUCACAGUUUUAAAUCAAUGUUGGAAGAAGGAAACUAUAUACAACCAAAAGUUAUUGACAUUAUGCAUUCAUCUCCAGAUAAGCAUUUCUUGCAUAAUUUUAUAGCACAACAUAAUGAAGCUUUGAAUGUGUUUAAAAUAUACUAUCCAGACAAAUUAGAAUAAAAAAUAUAUAGCGAUAAUCUUGAAUCUGAAGAUAAAAUUCAUUUGCAUUUUGUGUUUAAUGCUGCAGAUCAUCUCUAAGGACAUAGCUCUAUUGUUCAUGGAGGAUUAUUAGCAACAUUAAUUGAUAAUGCUUUUGGUUAAUUAAGUUACUUGGCAAGUGGUUAAAUUCCAACAGCAACAGCAAACUUAAAUAUAAAUUACAGAAAACCUGUCAAAACUAAUCAAGAUUAUAUGAUAACAGCUGAAAUUGAUAAAAUAGAAGGCAGAAAGGUUUACCUUAAGGCAACUAUCUAUGAUCAAGAUAAAACUGUUUGUACCGAAGCUUCAGGACUAUUUUUAACUGUUCAAUGGGGAGGUCAAAUGUGGAAAAGAGCAUUAGAUAAAAUUAAAGAAAGUACAUAAAUAGAUGACAAGUCAAUUUAAAUAAACAAAUAAAAAAAUGAAUGAUAAAUAG